UCCAACGAUUUGCCGUCCUGAACAACGAUUUAGCUUCGAUUCGUUUUCGGCACACCAAGUGAGUCCUUUUAAACGCGGCUACACGUCACUUCUUCUCUCCAUGUCCUCUUCGUAUGCCUGUCGGCGUGAAAACCAACCAGUAACGGGUGGAGUCUGGCCGAUUCGCAUGCAAGAUGCGAUCGUCUUUCCAACGCAUAUUGCGAGCGCAUGCAUGCAGCAUGGAAGCCCCGACAGCCUUUCUGUCCAAGAAUAAGCAACCAUACUCUCGCAUUGCCUUCUCUCCCACUGGCAGGAAAUUGCUGGGAUGAUACACCAAUGUUGAGAGGGGCAUAUCUUCCUCCUCAUCCCGACCUAAUGUUGUACUGCUUGGUUUCACCGCUCUCAUAUUCUAUACUGGCUUUUAAGACUGACCUCCCAUCCUUUCUCUUUAUGAGUACUGCAGUCGCUGCGUUUAUUGCAUUCCGUGUCCAGCUCCCUGUUCGACAGGUCCUGCCUUUCUUUUCGGUCUUGUUACUGUAUCUCUUUCGUCCUCUGCCGCCCCUGGAUGCAGCCGAUAUCUCCAGCAUUAUUUUCAAUCAUCCCACUUCUCGCAUUAUUUGACUACUUUGGACAGCGGCCGGCCUCACCAUUGCCGUUGCACCACCACACCACCACGGCUUCGCCUCGAAUGUGCCAAAAGUAUCGGGCAGGCUUUGACUG